GAUCAGGUUCCAUCAAAAAAGAAAAUGGAUCAGUCAUAAAAGAAUGACGAGGCAAUGAGCAGCUAAGUUUCUUGGUCUCAUCAGUAAAAGGUAGACUCACCCGAGGCUUGCAAACAUUUCUGGAACAAGCACUGGCUGGUUUAUUCAUCUCUAUAUGGUCAACUGCCGUGUUUCUGCAGGACAAAAGGAGCACAUUGGUUAGUGAAGAAUGCUGUCAGAAGGGUAUCUCAGUGGACUCGCCUACUGGAACGACACCCUCUGGAGUUGUACAUCGUGUCAUGAGCAGGUGGCUGAGGAAAAGGGAGAGGAAACGAAAUCUGCUGCUUCUCUUUCCUAUUCCUCUGUGGAUGAAACACAAGUCAGAAGUCUCUACGUGAGCUGCAAAUCCUCUGGCAAGUUUAUUUCUUCGGUGCAUUCAAGUGAGAGCCAACAGAGUAGAAAUCAGAGAAUCACAGUGUUGCAGACAAGCCCCAAUCCUGUGUUUGAAAGCACAAACGUGGCUGCAAUUGAAAUCUGUAGAGACCCUAGCAGAGAGACUUACUUGGUUCCACCUUCCUGCAAAAGCAUUUGCAAGAAUUACAAUGACUUACACAUUGCAGGGGACCAGGUGAUGGCCAUCAAUUCAGUGACAACAGAUUUCCCCUCCAAGAGCAGUUUUGAGUAUGGCCCUUUGCUGAAAUCAUCUGAGAUUCCUUUGCCCAUGGAGGAUUCCACGUUCACUCAGCCCAGUGACUUGCCCCAAAAACCUAUCCAGCGGUAUUCAUCCUACUGGAGAAUAACCAGCAUCAAAGAGAAAAGCAGCCUGCAAAUGCAGAAGCCGAUUUCUAAUGCAGUGCUGAACGAGUAUCUGGAACAAAAGGUGGUGGAGUUGUAUAAGCAGUACAUUAUGGACACCGCGUUUCAUGACAGUUCUCCUACCCAGAUUCUAGCAUCUGAACUCAUCAUGACAAGUGUGGACCAAAUUAGUCUUCAAGUAUCUAGAGAGAAGAACCUGGAGACCACAAAAGCCAGAGAUAUAGUCAUUAACCGCCUAUUACAGUUGGUGUCAACGGAAAUCAGCACUCCUAGCCUCCAUAUUUCCCAGUAUAGCAAUGUGAAUCCAUAGAGAGGAUGCUUGCAUUCCUCUUUCUCGACUACUCAAGCCUAAAGUAACACUUUAUUCAUUUAUUCUGAGAAUGUGCAGGAGGGAGUUUGAAGGGGAGUUAAGGACUAGAAAAGCGAAGGUUGGCGGGAAGCCAGGUGUGAAUUAGGAGGAAAUCAAUAUUAUACAUGAUGAAGGAUGUGGGAGGAGAAAACAUAAGGAAUGACUUCAAAGAGGGGUGUAUAGCAACAAAGCAAAAUUAAAGAGGAUCAAGAAAAAAAAGGUAUGAUUCUUUUAAGGGAGUAUAAAAAUUGAGAAAGACAAGCCCAGUAAGAAAACACCAUGGCAGAGCUAACAGGUCAUAAGGUUCUAGGGUGAAGAGUUUCCUACCCAGGUAAAUUCCUCUAAGUUAUUACUUCUUGAGGGAAAUGGACUUAGAAGGCUGCUAUAUUGGGUAGAAAGACAGGU